CAAUGUCUGGUAGAGGAAAGGGUGGAAAAGGUUUGGGCAAGGGCGGCGCCAAGCGUCACCGAAAGGUCCUGAGGGACAACAUCCAGGGCAUCACCAAGCCGGCCAUCCGCCGCCUGGCUAGGCGUGGUGGUGUCAAGCGUAUCUCCGGCCUCAUCUAUGAGGAGACCCGUGGUGUGCUGAAGGUGUUCCUGGAGAACGUGAUCCGCGACGCAGUCACGUACACUGAGCACGCCAAGCGCAAGACCGUCACUGCCAUGGAUGUGGUGUACGCUCUCAAGCGCCAGGGCCGCACCCUCUACGGCUUCGGAGGCUAGACUGCGCCGCUGUCGCUUCACACCCCCUAUCCCUAACGGCCCUUUUUAGGGCCAAUCACAGUCUCCUCAGGAGAGCUGGCACUGCCCUGGGUCGUACAAAUAUAGCCAACGAUCUAGACUCGGUAAGGUAAAGGUGCGUCUUCAAAAUGGGAGUCG